ACUUUGGCGCGGUUUUUACUCGAAAGUUUUUCCUUAACUUUUGGGAGUCUUUUCGCCAUGGGCUGAUCUAAAACAAGGAAAAGUUGUAAUAUGGAACGUUUCAAGUUGUCUACACCGCAGAAAAUUCCUACAGGAAGCAAUGCUAGUCGAGAAAAUCCGUCUGAUACGGAUGAAGCAGCAUCCUGUUCCGAUAAGGGCCUUCCUCGCGUCCACAGUCGAUUCGAACAACUCUUCCUCUCAAGUCCUCGAGCUAAGGAAAUAUAUGCAGCUUUGAAUAAUCCAGUACCAAGGCCAACACCACAAAAGUCAGCUUUGUCAGAACUUAGGGCUGUUGAGAAUCCAACUCCUCAAAAGUCAAAAACAUUCCGAAGUAUUCCUGGUUUUGAUAAGGUGGUUAAUAUGGCCAGUUUUUUCCACAAUAAGUACUCCCAUAGCUCCAGCAGCCAUUUGCAUUCAUCUGAUCAUUUAGUUACACCUGGAAGAUCAAAGUCUUUCCUUGAUUUGCUCAGUGAUAAGGAGUUUGUUAAUAGUCCAUUCCAGACAUCUGUGAAUGACUCAGCAAUUAGAGACAAGGUAAACAUGGCUAUCAGCAGACUAGAAGAGGAUUCCAGUGCUGAACAUACCUUACAGAAUAGGUAUUCUCAAUUUAAUGAACAGCCUAGUGAUUCUGGUGUAAGUGGCCAAGCAGUAUUUACAGAUGUUAUGAGCAAGAGGAGUAGAAUCACCUCACAGCAAGGAAGGUCAUGUCAAAGGGACACAAGAGAUGUUGAUAAUGUGGCAAGAACUCAAACUGUUGAUAGGGGAGAAGAGAUUCACAUCUCUUUUGAAACUAAUAGCGAUGAUGAAAUAGAUGUUGUGAUGAAAGAUUCAGAAGGUGCAAGGGAUGAACACAAAAAUGUGAGAAAGAAAAGUUCAGAAAAGACAUUCAACAAUGCUACAGUGUCAAAUUCAGGGCUAUCAGGUAUGCAUGUACCAGCAGAAAAUGGGGUCAAGGACAAAGGAGAUAUUUCAAGUGACACUUAUUAUUCUGUAGUGGAUGAGAUCAUUCCUGGGACACCUGAAGAGAUUGUUCGUGGAAGAAGAAAGAAAGGUGCUAAAAGCCAAGAAAAAGCAGAGAGAAGGAGAUUAUACCAAGAGGGGUCUGAUGGUUCCUCAUCAGACAAGACUGCACAGAGGUCAACAAAGAUUAACAUUCUUAACACAUGGUCCAUAAAAGCUUUGAAGACUCAGACACACAUGGGAAUCAUUGUGGAAGGACAGAGAAGUGAGGAUCCAGUGGGUGAGUGGUGGCAUAGUACAGCGAUUGUAGAAAGAGUUAAUGCAAGAUGUGUACAGACUAAGAGUGGAUCUCAAUACAAGCUGCUUGGACCCAUUAAUGAACGAGUCACCCUUCAACAAGGAUUCCCACCUGACUUUGUCAAAGCAUUUAAACGAGGCUUUCCUUCCAACUGGAUUUCUCUUGUGGCUGACUACUUCAACUCUCAAAGCAGUGCAAGUGAGGAGGAGGAGAAGCAAACUCAAAAGCAUCUUGACAACAAGAAGAAGAGAGAAGACUUAAAAGAGGCAAAUCAUUCUUCUGUAACGACUCCAGCUGAAACCGGAGCUAAAAGGAGGAACACAGCCUCAGCAUUGGAGACCCCAGAGAACAAACCACUUCCACAAGAGGUGGAAAUGAAGACAACAAGGAGUGGACGUAUGGUAAAGCCACCUUUAGCUUGGUGGCGAGGACAACGUAUCUUGACUGAUGGACAUCAUAACUUUGAGGGCAUUGAUCCAGGGUUAAAGGAACGUACUCCCCUUUCUUCCAUGUACAAAAUCAGCAUUAAAAUUCCCAUCACGAAGAAGGAGAAAGGGCAGGCUGUUUCUGGAAGUGAAAACAGUGAUACAUUGCCAAGAAGAAGAAGGAAAGGAAAAACAACACAGAAUAAAAACAAGUCUAGCAGCAGCACUGAGAGCGAUAGUAAUGAGAAUUUAAAAAGGCCUUUGUGCUUCUCGCCAAAGAAAACAGCUCACAAAAAUCAAACUCUAGAGAAUACUAGCCCCCAAAAGUUACCUCAACGGAAGUCGUUGAACGCAAGUAAGAAUGGAAGUCAAGAACGUAGUGACGCAAAUAGUGCACUUGAUGGUUCAGAACGUAAGGAUAGAACGAGUAAGCCGUCAGUUCGAGAGCAUGAAAUGCUCGGUGGAGAUGUACUUCAAGCCCCAGUCAUGACGCCAAAGAAAAACACGACUAAAAAUGCGCUUGCGAGUGUGGAUCGAAACAAUCAAAAGGGCAAGAAGAAGAGCAAUAAUGAAAAGUUACCAACAGGCAGCGAGAGUCAGAAGACUCCUUCACCAUUUAAGCGUGUUUUAAGAUCUCAGAGAAGCACAGCCAGUGACUUGACAACAAAUGCAAACUCUUACAAGUUGUCUGAUGCUGAUUCCGAGGAUUCCCAGAGAGACACUUACCCGAAGAGGAACCCGAAGAAAAACGCUUCAAAUAUUACGAACUUGAAGACUUCAGAGAGUGAAGUAAUAGUGUCCUCUUCCGAGGAGAGAUCAGAUAAUGCUACAAAGAAAGGAAGAAUAGUCAAUGCGAAUUCGAAUAAUAAAAACGGCGGGAAACGACUGAUGCAUAAAAGAUUUGAAAAGUUUGUUAGAGAGACAAGCACCCAAUCUUCAGAGGAAGAAAAUGACCGAGCUUCCCAAAAGCAACCAGAGAAAGAGGAGGUUCGUCUGAGAAGUUCAAUAUCCCGUAAAGCAAAGACAGAAACUCUCUCUACAUCGGAGAAAGACAAAAAAGUUGAAACUGGCUUCAAAAGAAAAGGAAAAACUCAAUCUGGUAGUGAAAAGGUUUCAGGCAAGAAAAAGGUAUUGAAAGUUUCCCGUCAGACAGCAAACAAAGACAGCAGAAGGAGAAGUAAUGAACUGCCUGAUGAAACACCGUUGAACGAUGAAGAGAUCCAAACGAUGAAAGGCAAAUUGGAGAACGACAAAAGGGUGGAAACUGGCUCCAAAAGAAAAGGAAAAACUCAAUCUGAUAUCGAACAGGUUUUUGGCAAGAAGCAAGCAUUGGUAAUUUCCAGACAGGCAGCAAACAAAAACCUCAAAAGGAGAAGCAUUGAACUGUCCGAUGAAACUCCUUCAACUGAUGUAGAACUCAAAAAGCUGAUUGGUACAUCGAACAAAGACAAUAGUGUUGAAACUGGCUCCAAAAGAAAAGAAAAACCCCAAUCUGAGAGUGAAACGGUUUCAUUCAAGGAGCAAACAUUGAAAGUUUCCAGACAGACAGCAAACAAAGACAGCAGAAGGGGAAAUGAUGAACUGUUUGAUGAAGCUUCUUGGACCGAUGAAGAGAUCAAAAAGCUUAAUGAAGCGCUGCACUCCAUACCUGGUAACACACCUAUGUUUUGGCAAAAGAUCUCCAGGAAAGUAGGAACACGGACUGCACAGGAGUGUCAGUCCCAUCACCAGGGGCAGGUUCUCGUCUCCAAAAAGAAUAAUCCAGCAGCUAAAAAAGGCUCAGCAAAGACGAAGGAUCCAGGGCAGAAAGGGUUAGCCGCCUCCCACCAGAAUGUGAAGACAGUCACCGGUGGAGUGGGCACCAUCAAGCGAAAGCGAGAGCUUCGAGAGUUACUUGAGCAACAGGAUGUAGACUACGAGGAUGAUAUCUUUGACUCAACUCCAUUUAAAAGAAAGAAAGAUCUGAAGCUCCCGUUCAAUCUGAGCUCUAAUGGCAGCGAUGAAGAAAACAAUGAUGGUGAUGAUGCGAGUGACACAGAGCAUAGUACCUCAUAUGUGACACCCAGUAGUCGCACACCCAGUAGCCGGUUCCGCCCUUUGGGUCCUUUGUCGAUAUCGUCCACUCCUGGAGCAGAGUAUGUCAGUCCCAGUCUCUUGCAGCAAGUCAACAGGAAAGACAUGGAUCACUACAUUUACAGAAUGCAGCAAGGAAAGCGAGGGACACAAGCAUCUGGAAAACAGAAGUCAAAGCUGAUAAGGACAUCUACUCCCAAUAAACAGUUAAAAAGAAGCAAUUUCCCUGUAAUAGCCGGGUUAGACUUGUUUGAAGUACAUCCUGCAUCAGAUCAAGAAUCCGACGACGGAUCCCAAGACGAGUACUUCUCCGACGAAUAACAGAUGAACGCACAGUGAUAGUUACAUACAGACGACUGUCGUCUUGAGUCGAGGAAGUUACAGGGCUUGCUCGUGGGUGCCAUAGACAACUAUCUAAAAAAACAUGAUAUCGAAAGCAGUUUUAUGCCGUAGUUAUAAAGAAGAACAAGAGAGCCAUCUUAGUUAAAGUAAUUGAGCUGAAAUGACCUUUCAACUCCUAAAACCCGAUUCUUAUCUACCCCUCGGCAUAUUUAGUGCUACAGUAGUUUGUUGUUGUUGUACCAUGAAAACUCCUUCAAGAUUUUACAUUAGUCUCUUCUAAUCUCGUCGUUUUUCUAAUCAUGUUUUUACAUUGUAAGAAAAAGUUACAUUUUACAUGAGUCAUGUCUUGGAGUUACGGAUCGUGUUACUCAAAACCAAGUUAUGAAGGAAAACAAUUCAUCGCUGAGAAGAUUUAGAAUUAUUACUGCCUAAAUCAUGUCGCUAAAGAUGCAGGUUCUAAUGACGCUUCGGAUUAUUCUUAAAAGGUUUUAAACUAACUAAGUUGGAGUACAUUCUAUUUAAAAUCCCAGACACUUAAGUUGGGACAUUUGCAGGGCCAAUUCCUUGUUUGCCGCCGAAAUACUGAGUACAAAAAGGAGGGGAUCUGAUCAUGUCUGAGAGUAUAGUUCAUUUAUUCCAAGAGCAACGGUUGA